AUGGCCUCUGGCUCAGGCUUUCGGUCCAAGAAUGAGUAUCUCUUUGGAAAAAUAGACAUGCAGCUCAAGCUUGUCCCUGGGAACUCAGCUGGCACUGUCACUGCUUGCUAUUUGUCCUCACAAGGAUCAAAUCAUGAUGAGAUAGAUUUUGAGUUCUUGGGGAACUUGAGUGGCGAUCCUUAUAUUCUUCACACCAAUGUGUUCGGCCAAGGCAAGGGCAACAGAGAGCAACAAUUCUAUCUUUGGUUCGACCCAACAGCAGAUUUUCACACCUAUUCCAUCCUGUGGAACCCCCAAAGGGUCAUGCAAGUACAAUUUCCAUUCUCACCCGAAAUAACUCAAUUUAACUCGACAAAGUCCAAUCCUAUCAUUCGUCAUAGGUACCCUAUCAAGGGUCCAUGCUCACCCGGGAUGAUGAUCAAAAAUUCGAUUUAUCUCAUCUCUGUGCUUGAUUAA